CUUAAUUCGGACACGAACGCUUUCCAGAAGACAUUUACGAAGGAGAUUCGGAGGUUGGAUAAUGUGGAGAGACAGCUGCGUUACUUCCAUUCUCAGAUGGAUAAAGCUGGUAUCUCGAUGAGGUCUUCCUCCGAGUUUUCGGAUACCCUGGGUGCUCCUCUGGCAUCGGAAAUCGACGAGCUCGCGGAACGGAGCGAGAGCCUCGAGCAACGAAUUUCUUCCCUGAAUGAUAGUUACGAGACAUUGAAGAAGCGUGAGAUGGAGUUGACGGAAUGGCGUUGGGUGCUUAGGGAGGCCGGUGGUUUCUUCGACCGCGCCCACACCCACACUGAGGAAAUUCGCCAGUCCUUUGACAACGAUGAGGCGCCUCUUCUCCGUGACGUUGAGCAGCAGAACCAUCGCGGUGCGAACGGCGACGCCCAGGGCCAGCAGUCUUUCCUGGAGAUGAACAUUGGUUUUGUGUCUGGUGUGAUUCCUCGGGAUCGGAUCGGCGCCUUUGAACGUAUCUUGUGGCGCACGCUACGUGGUAAUCUUUACAUGAACCAGUCGGAGAUUCCAGAGCCGAUUAUCGACCCUUCUACAAAUGAGGAGACCCACAAGAAUGUUUUUGUGAUAUUUGCUCAUGGAAAGAAUAUCAUUGCAAAGAUUCGGAAGAUUUCGGAGUCUCUGGGUGCGUCGCUUUACAGCGUGGAUGAGAAUAGCGAGCUUCGACGGGAUCAGAUCCAUGAGGUGAACACCCGCCUGAGCGAUGUCAACAAUGUUCUGCGCAACACGAAGAACACGCUUGAUGCGGAACUUUCUCAGAUUGCUCGUUCGUUGGCGGCUUGGAUGAUCAUCGUCAGGAAGGAGAAGGCUGUGUACGAUACCCUGAACAGAUUUUCGUACGAUCAAGCGAGAAAGACACUUAUUGCAGAGGCCUGGUGUCCGACCAGCUCUUUGCCCUUGAUUAAGUCGACCUUACAAGAUGUCAACGAUCGUGCCGGUCUGAGCGUACCCACUAUUGUCAACCAGAUUCGCACCAACAAGACUCCCCCGACUUAUGUUCGCACAAACAAAUUUACAGAGGGCUUCCAGACCAUCGUCAACGCCUACGGUAUCCCGAAGUACUCGGAAGCUAACCCUGGUUUGUACACUGUGGUCACUUUCCCCUUCUUGUUUGCCGUCAUGUUUGGUGAUUUCGGCCACGGUUCUCUCAUGACCAUGGCUGCGGUUGCCAUGAUCUUCUGGGAGAGGACACUGCAAAAAACCAAGCUUGAUGAACUGACGUACAUGGCAUUCUACGGUCGCUAUAUUAUGCUGAUGAUGGGUCUCUUCUCGAUGUACACCGGUCUUGUCUACAACGAUAUCUUCUCCAAGUCUUUUACUGUCUUCGCCAGCUCUUGGAAGUGGCCCGAGGACAUUCAGCGUGGACAAUCGGUUGAGGCAUCGCUCAAGGGUAGCUACCGCUUUCCUUUUGGUCUUGACUGGAACUGGCACGAGGCUGAGAACGGCCUGCUGUUCACGAACAGCAUGAAGAUGAAAAUGAGUAUUGUCCUGGGUUGGGCGCACAUGACCUAUGCGCUGUGUCUGCAGUACGUCAAUGCUCGGCAUUUCAAGUCCAAGGUCGAUAUUAUUGGCAAUUUCCUUCCCGGCAUGAUUUUCUUCCAAUCUAUCUUCGGUUAUCUGGUCGGCUGCAUCCUUUACAAAUGGUCCGUGGAUUGGAUUGCUCGCGACCAGUCCCCCCCCGGCCUUCUCAACAUGCUGAUCUUCAUGUUCCUCUCUCCUGGAACUGUGGAGGAACCCGGUCUUUAUCCCGGACAGGGCAAAGUACAGGUUGUCCUAUUGCUCCUCGCUGUGAUCCAGGUUCCCAUCAUGCUCUUCUUCAAGCCAUUUUACCUUCGUAGGGAACACAACCGUGCUCGCAGUCUUGGCUACCACGGCCUUGGCGAACAUUCCCGGGUUAGCGCACUGGAUAACGACGGCGACCAGGACGGCAGGGCCUCAGCUCCCCGCGACAGCGUGGCGAGCGACGGUGAAGGCGUCGCCAUGAUUUCCCAAGAUCUCGAAGACGAGGAGCAUGAGGAAUUCGAUUUCGCCGAAAUCAUGAUCCAUCAGGUCAUCCACACCAUUGAAUUCUGUCUGAAUUGUAUCUCCCACACAGCCUCGUACCUUCGUCUGUGGGCACUUUCUCUUGCCCAUCAACAGCUCUCUAUUGUCCUGUGGACCAUGACUUUGGGAGGUGCAUUUGAACAGGAGAACCCCACUGUGCGGGUUUUCAUGAUUGUCGUUACAUUCUAUCUAUGGUUCACAUUGACCGUUGUCAUUUUAUGUGUUAUGGAAGGCACCAGUGCCAUGCUUCACUCUCUGCGUCUGCAUUGGGUCGAGGCCAUGAGUAAGCACUUUAUGGGUGACGGAUUACCGUUUUCGCCCUUUAGCUUCAAGACUCUUCUUGAGGAAGAUCCUGUCGAUUAAUCUGAUCAUUCUUUUUCUUUUCUUUUCUUUUCUUUUCUCUUUUUUUGUCUCCUUCUGUUUCCCCUUGUCUUGUCUCGUCUCUGUUACAUCUUGAUGUAUUGUAUAUCUCAAGAAUUAGUGAAUUGGACCGUUGCAUGAUGUGAUGAGGUGUCUGAUUCUGACUGUGGCUUGUGGCCGUGGCUGUGCUCUAUUAGAACAUCAAUAUAUAACUAUUAUAUAUAUAUAUAUACCCCUAAAGAAACUUAGAUAUGAUAAAGAUAGUUAUUGCUCUUCUCUGGCAGAAUUUGGAACGCUUUCAAUAUUUACGAGUAAUCAUCAACUAGUUAGUUAGUUCAUCAACUAACUUGCUAACUAGCUCGGAUUCGGGGAAAGGGGGUCGGUCCAUUGAGGGUUUUUUUUUUUUUUUUUUUGGCUCGCCAGAGUUCGAGGGAGCUUGAUACGAUUGUAUUAUAGAUAAUGAGUUGAAC